UAAUAUGUAUAUGUGCACCACCCUCGGUGUCAAUAUUAUUCAGUACAGUUAAGACUUUUGCGAAGAUAACUUAAAUGCUGUUGUUGUACGAAAAUUUUUUGUUAUCAAACAAAGUGUGAAAUUUCGUUAACCAAAAGGAUUAAUAUCCACCCAGUGAGCGAAAAAUGUCCUAUCCACAUUCUCUUUUUAAAUAUUUACAAAAUGAAGAACCCAUGGAGUCUGCUCUAAAUUCAGCUCACUCAUCCAGUCGACGCGCAGACAAGCACUUGAAAUAUGGUCGCUAUGACGAAGCGAUAAAGUGUCACUCGGAAACGGUGAACUUUCUAUCGAAAGCCAUAGCUGAGUCGACUAUUCCAAAGAACAUCGAAAAUCUCCUAUUGCAGCGCAAACACCAUGAGAACAUCCAGACGAUUAUAGUGCGACAGAAGCAAGAGUUUGCCGAUUUUCUUCGCCGCAAUGGACUAAAAGCAAUCAGUAAACGUCGUGAUCAUACGCAAAAAGAAAAUCAAGAACACCGUACCGUUAUUGGAAUCAAUCCUAAUGACAAUUGUGAUAAGAAUACCUCCGACGAUAAUAAGUUUUUCUCGUUGGUUGGUGAUUUGAAGAUAGAAGAGAAGUUUAUGGACAAAGAAAUGGUUCAAGUGAAAGACGAAGAGAGUGACGAUGAUGAUGAUGAAUAUGUUUCACUUCAAUAGGUUUAAGUGAAAGACGAAGACAGUAUAUAUGACGAAGACGAUGAAUUUUCAAUAAAUAUAAUGUCUGGAGAA